CAACCCAAGAAAACCAUCCCAAGCUACCAUAGCCUACAAGCUUAAUUAGCCAUAUACCAGCACGAUCCAUCAGUAGCAAUGGCGCCUUCCAAGCUCGCCUUCUUCCUCGCUCUGAACCUGGUCCUCCUUGCCGCCGUGCAGGGCUGCGGUCCCUACUGCCCACCGGUCGUCCCCACCCCGCCGAUCGGCGGGGGCAGCUGCUCGAUCAACACGCUGAAGCUGGGCGUCUGCGCCAACGUGCUGAACCUGCUGAAGCUUAAGAUUGGCGUGCCGGCGAACGAGCAGUGCUGCCCACUCCUGGGCGGGCUCGCCGACCUCGACGCCGCCGUGUGCCUCUGCACCGCCAUCAGGGCCAACAUCCUCGGCAUCAAGCUCAAUGUCCCCAUCGACCUCACCCUCCUACUCAACCAGUGCGGCAAGAAGUGCCCCGCCAACUUCACCUGCCCCAUGUGAUCCAUCUAUCCAUCGAUUUACUCGUAGCUAUUGCAUGUCAUACGCGCGCACUGUUACAGUUCAUAUGUCAGGCGUUUGCAUGGGCUCCCUCGCUCAUGCAUGCAUGCUUUAUAAGCUUGUGAUUGAUCAAUGUCAUUGUAUCACGUUAUGGUAUCUAAAUGCAUGAUUUGCAUAUUGUAAAAGGAUAUACAUACUUGUACACGUACCUGGAAUAGAAAGGUUGUUCAAGUUGGGUUAA